AUGACAACAUCGAUCGAACGAGAUAAAAUUAAUCAUCAAUUAAUACUUGAAAUAUUUGAUCGCUUAUUAAAAUUUGGUACUGAACCUGAUCGUCGAUUAUUCUGUCAACGUUUACAAACAAUAUGGCACGAACAAGGUAUAUUUUGUCAAUCAUAUCCAACAAUUACAAAUCAGAUACUUGAUUUAUAUAAAUUACAUCACCUGGUUCAAGAAAAACAAGGAUAUUUAGAAAUAACAACGAAUCGUGGUUGGAAAGAAAUAUCAAAUAUAUUAGGUUUUGGUGAUUCAGGUUCUGCUGCAUAUAGUGUCAAACGAAAUUAUGUUCGAUUAGGCUUAUUAGCUUAUGAAUGUCAAUAUGAUCGAGCUGGUCUUGAUCCACGUUCAGUUAUUGAGUUAUCUGAAAUGCCUCAUACAGUAAAAAAGAGAAAGCGUGGAAAUAAUGCAUCAACAACAACGACACGUGCAAUUGUUAAGACUAAUAAACAACAACUUCAAAUGCUUUCUAUGCAACAUGAACAUGAUAAUAUAAAAAAAUCAUUAACAUCAACAAUAGAUAUUCAUGAUUUUACAAAAUAUUCUUCUCGGCAUGAAAAUUUUUCAUUGUCAUAUCGUCUUACACCACAACAAAUGCCAAUCAAUAAUAUUCAACAUUUUGCUUAUAUAUUACGUGCUGAUUGUUUAGCUGAUAGUAAUAAAUAUUUAGAUACACUACUUGUUUGGCUUAGUGAUCAACAUACAGCUUCAUAUUUUAAUUUAAAAACUUUACCAGGAUUAUUUAAUGCUAUUAUGGAACAAUAUAUUGCUUGCCUUUAUGAAUUAUUUGGUCCAUCAUUCUUACAACCAUCGCCUACAAAUGAUUGUUAUACAAAAUGGUUUCUUCAAUUAAAGUUACGAAUAAAUGAUAGUGCAAUAGGACCAAUUUCAAAUCAACAACAUUUAGAAUCAUUAUUUUUUGGUACACAUCGUUAUGUUCUUAAACGAUUAAUGACAAAAACUAAUAAACCAAGAUUUAUUAGUUAUUAUAAUAAUGGUAAUCAAAAUUCUUUACUUUCAUUUGAUUCAUUACAAUUCAUCAAUCAAAAUGAAAAAAAUCAAUUAUCUAAUUUACAUAGUCAUACUCGACAACAAAAUCGAUCGAAAUUCUAUACAAAUGAUAAAUCAACAAAAGAAAUCAUAUCUUCAAUCAAUGAUUUUAUUCAAGAUAACAAUCAUCAAUAUCUAUCAAGUUUUUAUUCUAUUCAACAAUCGUCACAAGAUGUACUAAUCGAUGAUGAUCAUAAUAAACAACAUACUGAUCGUUAUCAUUCUAUUAUGAUACGAUGUUCAUGUCUUACAACAAUAAUACGAAAUUUAUCAUUUAUUGAAGAAAAUGAAUAUUUAGCAAAUGAUCGUCGUUUAUUAGAUAUUUUCGAACGAAUAUUAAGUUGUCAUCAUCAAGAUUUGCACAAAAUAUUUAGUUAUGAAUCAUAUUUACAUCAACAAUAUUUUCAUACAUGUCCAAAUUGUUCUGAUAUAAUUAAUAUUGAUGAUACACAAUUGGAGUCGUCAAUUGAUUCUACUGCUCAGGUUGAUAAUGUUAAUCUACUGAAUGACUUUUUUCAAAAAUUUACUCAAGUUUCUAAAGAUAUAAAAAUUGAUGAUCCACUUUCUUGUAUAAAUGAUUGUAAUCAACAACAUUUAAUGUAUCUUCUUGAUAAUACAUUUAUCACACUUUCAAAUUUUUCAAUAUUUAUUGAAUUUCGUCAUUGUUAUUCAAUAACACGGUAUCGAUUUAUAAAUACUCUUAUUCAUUGGAUAUUAUGUUCAUUAUCAUUUGCUAAUGAACCAUUUAUUUCUAUGAUAAUGGAAGAUAAAAUUUCAAUUAACUCAACUAUAAAUAAUAAAAAAAAAGAAAAAAUUUAUAUUACACCACGUCAAAUAUCAUUACAAAUCUUAGCUAAAUUAUGUACAAAUGAAUUUAAUGUUGAUUUUAUAAUACUUGAUUUAAGUAUAAAAAAACUUAAAUUAUUAUGUCAUACUCUUCUUUCUCUUAUGAAUACAAUAAAUCAAGAUGAUAUUGAUCGUGAAUAUUGUUUAAUAAUUAUAUGUUCAUUAUGUAAACGUAAUCGACAAUUAGUUGAAUUUUUUUGUUCCCAUAUAAUUUGUAUUGAAUUAAUAUUUAAUUAUCUUGAAUUAUAUGAAUAUAAUCAACAACAAUAUUUAAUAACAACAUUAACAUCAUGUUGUAAUACAACAUUAUCAUUAACAAUACCAAUAAAUUCUCCAAUUAAUCAUUCAAUUGAUAUGAUGAUUGAUUCAUGUAUUCAACUAUUAUUAUUAUUUGCUUCGAUUAAAGAAAAUAAUUAUUUAAAAUUAUUUGAACAUAAACUUCUUAAUAUGUCAUCAUCGAUUUAUUUCGAACAAAAAAUAUUAAAAUCAUUUGCAGAUAUAUUAUAUAUGAUGAAGUUAUAA